UGAUGGUUGAGCAAAGGGCCUAUAGGCCGGGUCUUCUUCAGCUCCUCAAUCCAGAGGAACGCGACAUCCAUGUAACGCCACGUGUGAUAAAGAUGCAGUAGCACCAAAUUUCCUGUCCACAGUACCUGUACCUGUAAACCCAAGUAAAAUCUCCUAUCCGGAAGUCUCUAAUUUAGCCUCACGCGCGCACACACACAGGUUCACUCGAACCUCCGAGAAGUAGAACGAACACACACAUUCUUUCCUUCUCCUUCUCCCCUCUUAUAUUCCCUCGUCAAAUUCAUCCUUUAUCACCUCAAAAAUCUCCCUCCAAUCUCCCAAGGUUCAUUUCUUUAGAUACUCGAAUUGUCGGUUCAAAUGGCUUCGACGUCGUCACUCGCCGCCGUCCAGGUUAAUAAUGCCCGGCGGCUGGAUUUUGCUGGUAGAGCCGCCUUGUUCCCUCGGCGGCUGGUAUGUGUGAACUUCUCGGUGAAGCCUGGAGCUUCGACAGCCCUUGGUGCCUUGAAUUCGAGGCGUGGCCACGUGAGUCUUACCAGAAAGUUGGAUAAGCCCAAUUGGAAUUCCCGCUCUUUCAGCGUACGUUGCGAUGCCUCGUCUGGGGGAAGAAUAACGCAAGCGGAAUUCACCGAAAUGGCAUGGCAAGCAAUUGUAUCUUCCCCUGAAGUGGCCAAGGAGAACAAGCAUCAGAUAGUAGAGACUGAACAUUUGAUGAAGGCUCUUUUGGAGCAGAAGGAUGGGCUUGCUCGUCGUAUAUUUUCCAAGGCCGGCGUGGACAAUACUCGUCUUCUGGAAGCUACCGAUAAGUACAUUCAACGCCAGCCAAAGGUUCUUGGGGACUCAGCUGGAUCAAUGUUAGGACGAGACCUGGAAGGGCUGAUACAGCGAGCCAGAAGUUUCAAGAAAGAGUUUGGGGACUCGUUCGUCUCUGUAGAGCAUUUAGUUCUUGGGUUUGCAAGUGAUGCUCGGUUUGGAAAGCAAUUGUUUAAGGAUUUUCAGCUUUCUUUAAAGACACUGAAAGAUGCCAUCCAGGCUAUAAGGGGUCACCAAAAAGUUAUUGACCAAGAUCCUGAAGGAAAAUAUGAAGCACUUGAAAAAUAUGGAAAAGAUUUAACAGCCAUGGCAAGAGCUGGAAAGCUGGAUCCUGUUAUAGGAAGGGAUGAUGAAAUACGCAGAUGCAUACAGAUUCUAUCAAGGAGAACCAAGAAUAACCCUGUUCUAAUUGGAGAGCCAGGUGUUGGGAAAACUGCAAUUUCUGAAGGGCUAGCUCAGAGAAUUGUCCAAGGAGAUGUGCCUCAGGCUUUGAUGAACCGCAGGAGCAAAUUCUCUUUAAUGGCGCAGUUGAUAUCUCUUGACAUGGGAGCCCUCAUUGCUGGUGCAAAAUUCCGUGGAGAAUUCGAAGAUAGACUGAAAGCUGUGCUCAAGGAAGUCACUGACUCUGAUGGCCAGAUAGUUCUCUUUAUUGAUGAGAUUCAUACAGUAGUUGGUGCAGGUGCCACCAAUGGUGCAAUGGAUGCUGGCAACCUCUUGAAGCCCAUGCUUGGUCGUGGAGAGCUCAGAUGCAUUGGUGCAACCACUUUAGAUGAGUACCGUAAAUACAUUGAAAAAGAUCCAGCCUUGGAACGAAGGUUCCAGCAAGUUUAUGUUGACCAGCCCACAGUAGAAGACACUAUUUCUAUUCUCCGGGGACUGCGCGAAAGAUAUGAGCUGCAUCAUGGAGUCCGCAUUUCGGACAGUGCCCUUGUUGAAGCUGCUAUUUUGUCCGACCGGUACAUCAGUGAACGUUUUCUUCCUGACAAAGCUAUUGACCUGGUUGAUGAAGCAGCUGCCAAACUGAAGAUGGAGAUUACUUCAAAGCCAACAGCUCUCGAUGAGAUCAACCGUACCGUUCUGAAACUUGAGAUGGAAAGGCUGUCCCUUACAAAUGAUACUGACAAAGCAACAAAGGAUAGGUUGAGUCGCCUUGAAGCAGAACUGUCUCUUUUGAAGCAGCGACAAUAUGAACUCACUGAGCAGUGGGAGCACGAGAAGACUGUCAUGACUCGUAUUCAGUCUAUUAAGGAAGAGAUUGACAGAGUGAACCUCGAAAUCCAGCAAGCCGAGCGAGAGUACGACCUCAACCGCGCGGCCGAGUUGAAAUACGGGAGCCUAAACUCCCUUCAGCGGCAGCUCGAGACCGCCGAGCGAGAACUCGACGAGUACUUGAAGUCCGGAAAAUCCAUGCUCCGCGAGGAAGUCACCGGUAACGACAUCUCCGAAAUCGUGAGCAAGUGGACCGGAAUUCCCGUCUCGAAACUUCUCCAGUCUGAAAGGGAGAAACUUCUGCAUCUCGAGGAAGAGCUCCACAAACGCGUAGUCGGCCAAGAACCUGCGGUUCGCUCCGUAGCCGAGGCCAUACACAGGUCCCGGGCAGGCCUCUCGGACCCCCACCGCCCGAUUGCUAGUUUCAUGUUCAUGGGGCCCACUGGGGUUGGGAAAACCGAGCUGGCCAAGGCCCUUGCCUCGUACAUGUUCAACACGGAGGAGGCUCUCGUGAGGAUCGACAUGAGUGAGUACAUGGAGAAGCACGCGGUCUCGAGGCUCAUUGGGGCGCCGCCGGGCUAUGUCGGGUACGAAGAAGGCGGACAGCUGACGGAGACUGUUCGGAGGAGGCCGUAUUCGGUUAUUCUAUUUGAUGAAAUCGAGAAGGCUCACUCGGACUAUAUUCUCAACACGGAGAACGAGGACGUGCCCAGGGAGACGGCGUACGAGACUAUAAAGCAGCGGGUGCUGGAGGCUGCGAGGUCGGUGUUCCGUCCCGAAUUCAUGAAUCGGGUGGAUGAGUACAUAGUGUUCCAGCCUCUCGACCGUGAUCAGAUUAGCAGUAUCGUUAAGUUACAGUUGGACCGUGUACAAAAGAGGAUAGCAGAUCGAAAAAUGAAAAUUCAGGUGACUGAUGCAGCAAUCCAAGUACUUGGCAGCCUCGGAUAUGAUCCCAACUAUGGGGCCCGGCCCGUAAAGCGUGUAAUCCAACAAUAUGUAGAGAAUGAGCUUGCCAAGGGAAUUUUGAGAGGAGAGUUCAAGGAUGAGGACACGAUAGUUUUAGACACUGAGGUCAUGGGUUUUGCUAAUGGCCAGUUGCCACAGCAGAAGCUUGUCUUCAGGAAGCUGGAAUCAGGUUCAGGUUCAGGUUCGUCUUCUGAAAGCAAAGGAGCUGCAUUGUCACAAACAACAUGAGAUAAUAUGAUACUUGGUGCUUGUAAUGUGUAAGAGACUGUUUUGCCUGUCAAAAUGGGCUAUUUGGUAUAUGACUACGCUGUUGGUUGUGAUUAUUCAGUGGGCCUUGUGCAAUCUUGAUAUACAGUUUUAACAGUGGACAUUUUAUGGUUUGUUCCAUCCAUUGUUAUUGACUCGCAAAGAGCUUCUCUAAUCAAAAUGUGGAAAUUAAACAUUGUGGUGUAUGAUAGACUUUAAAUUUUGAUAUAUGGAAAUGUCUAAAAAUCCCUUUUAGCCACCA